GUAAUUGUCGAUGGUGUCAAUGGGGGUUGUCAAUAACUCUGGUAGAUAAAAAGCGUUGGAGGCCGUUUUGGGCUAUCAGAAGUUAAAUUUACUGUAAAAUUGUAUUAUAUGCCAGCCGUAAAGAGAUCGUACAGUAACUUAUCUAUUUAUGGGCUACAAAUAUUAAUUUAAACAAGAACUUUGUAUUACACAAAUAAAGCAGGAAAAGGAAAGUAGUGGUGAACCUAUGUCAUCUAAAAAACAAACAAGGGUCUACUGUUUUUUCGGAGCCAUACUGUAUGGAAUGGCUAGUUUGUACGAAUCCAAACAAUGCUAUGAGAUAAAAGCAAAAGCUCCAGAGAUAAAUAUAAUUUGCACAUCAAUGAUACCAAUGUGGUUACCAAUAGAAAUCAGUCUUUUAACCGAGUGGACCAUAUUUUUCAUUCAAUUUAUAAUAAUUCAGUUUGCUCUCAUUCCUGCUGGCAGCAUCUGCUUUCUGAUAUGGGAAGUUGCGGACAUGCUAAUUUUGCACAUCGAACUAUUAAAGGUAACAUUACAAAACAUAAUGCAGGAAAAAAGAGGGUACAAACGAAGAAAAUUACUUAUUUUGUGGAUCUCGUACCAUCUUCAAGUCCUCAAAAUUAUAAAAGAGUUUAACUUUUUAACAAAAACUUGUAUGGGGCUGUUUUCUUUAAUGGCUGCGCUGGUAUUUGCUUGUAUAACGAAUCAAGUUGUAAACAUGAAUAAACUGAUUGGGGCAUGUAUUCAUUUGGUGGGAUGGUUGAUAGCUCUAUAUAUGUUAUGUAAUGCAGGACAAACAAUACAAGAUGGAACUGAAUCCAUCGGCAUGGCUGCUUAUAAUUCAAAAUGGUAUACAGUCGAUAUUGACACUCAAAAAGCCGUGUUGUUUAUUAUAAAGCAAUGUCAGAAACCUUUAUAUUUGCAAGCAUUACCACUAGGAGAGCUGAACCACGCACUGAUGUUAAUGAUAAUAAAAACAUCAUAUUCGUUUUUGACGUUGCUUACACAUUCCACUUAAGAAAAUAUCACUCUAAUUAUAAUAGAUUACUAGUACUCAAUAAUCUGCACAGAAUAUGAAGCUAAUAGCAUGAGUUUCAAAAGUUGUAAACACCAAUA